GGCAACCAUCGUCGACUUGACUCUGCAGCCUCGCAACAUCACAAAGCCCCUUCACGACGGCAAAAUACCAGCUUUGUCACUGCCAGAUCUCCUCAGUCGCAGUAUCGUGUCGGUUUGCUUCCCAUAAGAGCGACUCCAGCUGAAGCUCAAGCUCAGCUCGCCGCGACACCAAGCUCCUAUUCGCAAACCUUCAUCAUGUCGCUCUUCGGUCAAGCCAAGCCUACGAGCUCCUUGUUCGGGCAGUCGCAACCUGCGCAGACUGCGCAGCCAGCCCAGACGCAGGGCUUCGGCUUCGGCCAGUCUCAGAUAGGGUCCCAACCGGUCAAAAUCAACUCUCUCGCCGCGUCGAUCCAGCAACAGCAACAGGCUCAGCAGAUGCCCACUCUAUCUCAGUCCCAAGCGCAGCUGGCAAACUCGCUAUGGCAGCCAGGCAAAGAAACCCCCCACCAGAAGCCCAUCCUUGAGCAGAUGAAGCUCGUAACGGAAAAGUGGGAUGCCUCGAAUCCCAACUGCGUCUUCAAGCACUACUUCUACAAUAAGGUCGACGAGAGCAUCGUUCCCUACUUCAAGCCUCAAGACUACGAAGACCCUCGCGAAUGGGAGGAAGCCCUACAGAACAAGCCUGCUCCAGGCUUCAUGCCUGCCCUCUGCCGGGGCUAUGCUGCCCUUGCCGACCGUCUCUUGGUUGAGAAGCGCGCCCUCUCUGAACUCAACAUUCGCCUGCACCAGAUCAACGGCAGCCUGGACGCCAUUCUCCAACGCCACGAACUCGAGACCGAGGUGCGAGCCGUCGCUGCUCACCGACGACAGACGACCAUCAGCGAGCGAUGUCUGGCGCUUGCCGCACGGGUACAGGUUUUGCGCAACCGCGGUUACGCGCUGAGCGGCGACGAGGAUGAUCUUAGCAGCCGACUUCAGUCGCUGGAGAGGGAAGUGCAGGAUCCCGCCGUGGGAGCGAGGGAAGAGGAGCUCUGGAGCAGGCUUAUCGUGCUAAGAGGGUAUGCCGACCAGCUCAGCAAGGAGAUGGACACGCCCGCCGGCACAGAAGGAGCCAUGCUCGAUCCAGAGCAUGAGGCCAAGGCAAAGAAGGUGCUCGAGGACUAUGAGAAGCAGAUUCAGCAUAUCAAGAAGGAGCUUGAGUCUCUUUCGAUUGACUACACGGAAUGGGAGAAGACACGAAACCCCCACUCGAAAUAG